CCCGUGUCCCUGACGUAGCGCCCCGCCUUGAGGGAUUGGCAGAUUUGCCAUCACGAGGUUUUAAACAGGAUUUGGUGCCGACAGCCUCCCUGCUGCAGCCUGCGGAUAGGAAGAGGCAAAGAUGCAGAUGACCAAGAGGUCUCCCUUGCCCAGGCUGGGCUGUACCUUGCACCCUGGUGCUUUUUCAUUGUUAAACAUAGCCAAUUAAUCCAUGUGGGAAAUGUUCCAGCAGAAGGAUAGAGGCACCGUCCAAGCUGUUCAUAGCUCGGCUGUUAGGACGGCUCCCUAAGAAGUGCUAAGAAGGAUGGAGCCACAAAGGACACCGCUAGACACGUGCUCUUAUACAUUGAUGUGUACCACGGUUAGUUGUGUGUUGGAGUUGGGGAAGUAAAUCCACAGAGAAUAUGUUACACUUCCUUGGGUUUACGUGAUGAAAUGGCAACGGAGGUUCUAACUGAACAAUACAAUGUGUCCGAUGUUUGUUUGUUUUUUAACUUAACGCAGACCAGAGUUGCUGCCAGCAUGGCGUCGCCAGCGAUAAAGCAGCAGCACCCAUUCUCCCCCAGAGAACAGCAGCCAGAGGAUCAAGUGGAGAGCUUCAGGUCCAAAAGUUUGCCAGCUCUGAACAGGUCUGCUUCUCGGAUUACCACAACACAAAGCACCCUCCUUGAGGCAAAACGGAGUUUCUUGCACAGUUUCCAAACGAGGUUUGACCUGAGAUGUGGCCUUGACAUGGACAAAUCAGCUCACAGUAAUGGUGCUGCUGCUGCUGCUGCUGCUUCUGGGACUGUAUUUUCUUUCACAGCCUCCACCUUUUCAGGGGUCGGGAGUUUCACUGAGAGGACAGACUGUAAUAACUGUGCUGGCACAAGCAAAGGUGUUUCCCCAGCUUCCACGUUGCUAGCUCUCUCAGGUAGAAAGUGUCUCAGCGUGGUGUUGACAGAUUCCCGUUUCUUCUUGGUGUGCAUGUGCUUUCUGACCUUCAUUCAGUCCUUAAUGGUCUCUGGGUAUCUGAGCAGUGUUAUUACCACCAUUGAGAGGAGGUACAGUUUGAAAAGCUCUGAGUCUGGGCUGCUGGUCAGCUGUUUUGAUAUUGGUAGUCUGGUGGUCGUGGUGUUCAUCAGUUACUUUGGGGGGCGUGGACGGAGGCCACUCUGGCUUGCUGUAGGUGGGUUUUUCAUUGCUCUUGGGGCUGCACUUUUUUCUUUACCUCAUUUCAUCUCUCCACCAUAUCAGAUCCAAGAAUUGAACUCUUCCCUCUCUAACGAGGGCUUGUGCGUGACUGGCAAUAAUACCGCCAAAGACCAUCUGGAGUCACCAGCCUGUGUCAAGGACUCAGGUGGAAAUGAUCAUUCCCUCUAUGUAGCUUUAUUCAUUUGUGCCCAAAUUCUCAUUGGCAUGGGAUCCACACCCAUCUAUACCUUGGGACCAACCUACUUAGAUGACAAUGUCAAGAAAGAAAAUGCAUCACUGUACCUAGCCAUCAUGUAUGUAAUGGGAGCACUUGGUCCUGCCGCAGGAUAUUUACUAGGAGGAGUUCUUAUUGGUUUUUAUGUUGAUCCUAGAACGACUGUUUAUAUUGACCAGAGUGACCCUCGAUUCAUUGGAAACUGGUGGAGUGGAUUCCUCCUUUGUGCCAUUGCAAUGCUCCUUGUGAUAUUCCCAAUGUUUACUUUCCCAAAAAAGCUCCCACCUCGACAGAAAAAGAAGAAGAAGAAGAAAAUUAGCUCUGAUGACAUUUCAAGUGAUGAUGACGUCAUGAAAGAGAAAACAAACAGCAAAAGACAAGUGGAUAGUUCAAUUCCUGCUUCUAUGGGAUUUGGAAAGAAUGUUAAAGAGCUUCCAAGAGCAGCUGUCAGGAUCUUAAGCAACAUGACAUUCCUUUUUGUGAGUUUGUCAUACACAGCUGAGAGUGCCAUUGUUACUGCUUUCAUUACCUUCAUUCCCAAGUUCAUCGAGUCGCAGUUUGGCAUCCCAGCUUCCAAUGCCAGCAUCUACACUGGUGUGAUUAUUGUCCCAAGUGCUGGUGUUGGCAUUGUGCUAGGUGGCUACAUUAUUAAAAAGCUCAAACUUGGUGCAAGAGAGUCUGCGAAGCUGGCUAUGAUUUGCAGCGGUGUGUCUUUGCUGUGCUUUUCAACGCUUUUCAUUGUUGGAUGUGACAGCAUUAAUCUAGGGGGCAUAAAUAUCCCAUACACAACAGGGUAA